GGCCCACAAACAGAUGGACACUAUGAGUAUGCGGUCGGAUGUCAGCGGUCUGAGUCGAGCAAGCAGUAUCGCGGGCAAGAUGGAUGACAAGAUGGAUGAAGCCAAGCACAUGAUUUCCCGCAUGUCGCGUGCUAUCCGCUCUACCAGGCCGAGCAAGUUUGAAUAUACCAAGGAGAGUAAACAAAAGAGCCGCGGCUCGAUGUCCAGAGCAAGCCGUAGAAACAGCGUCCGUGAUGAGGCUGCUCUUGAAACAUCGUCGGAACUCUUGUGGGAACGGGCGGUUGAGCAGUCCAUUGCGCACCGCAGAGGCUGUGGGGGAAAUGAAGACGCCAAUACUACUACAUCAUCUCCCGAUAUUGUUUCCCAACCUAAGGGUGCACGGCCACUAACGGUUGGUACUCUACCCGAGGCGGAAUGGUUCUGUGGCCAGGGAUCUGAGACUAUUGACAUGCUGGGCAAAGGACAGGCACCCAGAACCCCCGAAACUGGACUCUGUAAGUCUCGUUCCAUUCGCUAUGUGCAGCAGACCAGACCUGCAACCAAUGAAAGCGGGGCGGUGCAGACCCAGACAAAGUUUGUCAGUCGUCCUGGCUCGCAGGUCGAAGGCAGUGUGGACAGUCGCCGAGUCAUGACCUUCCCCAGCUGGGCCCAGACGGAAGUGGAUCAGCAGACGGCCGACACUCUAAUGAUCGACCAGGACCAGUCCUUAGAGUUGACCCUAGAGAUGCAGAACUUUCUCUUCCCGGAGACGGCUGCGAUGGAGAGACCUAUAGUGAAAAUCAUCCACGCCAAUGACCUGCGCGAGUUGGACGUUAAACUACGCAAUCUGGUCCAGAAGGGAGGCACAACCCCCAAAGCCCAUGGAGGCCACAUGGCACCUCUAAAUCGGAUUCAGAACCUGCGCGUGCCCAAGAAGCUGGCUGGUGGUGGAGUAUUUGAUGAGAACAAGCGACUGCGCAGUCUAUCGUCGCCCAGUCCCUUCACGCAGGAGGAGCCAGACGAGGAAAUAUCAACUAGCCCCGCUACAGAUAGUAUCGCCAACUACAAGGAAGUGACCGAUAUCAUCAACGCCGCAAACAUUUUGGAUCUGAGCGACAGCGAGCCCACUCCCAAAGUAGCCGACGGAAGUAUUCAGCGCAGCACUGUCAAGCGUGGGCCAAAGGCUCGCCCAAGACCAUCGCAUCUGCAGGACGAUCUUCGAUCCGCCAGCAAUGGGUCUAUGAAUAGCACCAGCGCCAUGUCAGACCACGUUGCAAGAUCCCACUCGAGUGCUUCUGGAGCACCCGUGCCAAACAGACCACCCCCACCAAAGAAGCUGCCAGCCUUUGUCAAGGCACAGCAACAGGAGAUCGAGAGUCCCACCAUGCUCACCAAGCACGAGGGCAUUCAGUCUCCUGAUGUCCAACAGCGGCGCCCUACCCGUCCUGCAAACCCACCCAAGCGACAGAUUACUAUGCGUAACUGAAGUGUAUAGCGACG